AACAGAACUACAUCGUCUCCAUGUCAUCCGAACAGGAAGACUGCCACCUCUGUAAGGAGUACCUCAGGGACCCCGUGUCCAUCCCAUGUGGCCACAUCUUCUGCGCCGUGUGCCUGAAGACCUACUGGGACCAUGCCGACCACACAGGCUCGUACAUGUGCCCGCAGUGCAGGGUCACCUACAACAAGAGGCCCACCCCGAGACGCAUGGGAGGCUCUCGCCAAUCCACCAUCCAACGCAACAGCGAGCCCUUCCCACCUCCCCCUCCGUCCCCUGACUACAACUACGCGGGACCCCAGGAUGUAGGUUGUGACAUCUGCAUUGGAAAGAAGCACAAAGCCAUCAAGACCUGCCUGAUGUGUCUGGCCUCGUACUGCGAGAAGCAUCUGAAGCCCCACUACGAGUCAAACACUUUCAAAAGGCACAAGCUGGUGGAUGAGAUCGGCCACCUGGACAGGCAGAUCUGUCCGCAGCAUCAGAAGGGACUGGAGCUGUUCUGUCGCACUGACCAGAUGUGCAUCUGUGUGCUGUGUACAGUGAAGGAGCACAAAGGUCACGACAUGGUGUCUGCGGAGCAGGAGAGGGCAGAGGAGCAGCAACGGUUGGGCGCCACCCAGGCAGAGAUCCAGGAGAAGAUUCAUGACCGACUCAAGCAGAUGGAGGAAAUGAAACAAGCUGUGGACACACUCAAGAGCUCCGCCCACACAGCACUGCAGGAAUGUGAGAAGAUGUUUGCCGACAUGAUACGCUCCAUUGAAAGGAUGCAGCAAGAGAUGAUGAAGCUGAUCUCAUCCAACAAGAGAGCCGCGCUCAGCAACGCAGAGGGCCACGUGGAGCGUCUGAGCCAUGAGAUCUCUGAUCUGAAGAGGAGGGACAACGAGAUCACCCAGCUGUCCCGCACCGAGGACCACAUCCACUUCAUCCAGAGCUUCCACAUGCUGAUAGCCCAGACGGAGGCGGAGGAGCUGCCUACAGUGAGCGUCAACCCCUACUUCACCUUCGGCCCGGUCACUAAGGCCGUCUCUGAGAUGAAACAGCACCUGAACGAAUUCAGCAACGAGGAACUGGUUAAAGUGGCCAAAGCAGUUAACAAAAUGACCUUCUGCCAACUGGAGGAUUCCAAAAAGAAACAGGCAAAAUCAAUCAAAAGUGAAGAAGCCACCGCCGUACAAGUGUACAAGUCCGUGCCAAUGCAGGAACCUCAGCACAGGGACGACUUCAUGAGAUAUGCCUGCCAGCUGACUCUGGACUCCAACACGGCCUACAGACAGCUCCACUUGUCCCGAGCGAACAGAAAAGCCGUCCUCAAGAGAGACCCCCAAACUUACGGUGAUCACCCCGCCAGGUUCGACUCCCUGCCCCAGGUCCUGUGUAAGGAGAAUCUUUCUGGAGGACCGUACUACUGGGAGGUUGACUGGAGUGGAGAGGGGGCCGCCAUCGGGGUCACCUACAAAGGCAUCAAGCGGACGGGCUACGGAGACAACUCCCGCAUCGGCUACAACCGCAAGUCCUGGAGCCUGUUCUGCUCUGAUGCCAGCUACUCCGCCCGCCACAGCAAAGACCAGAUAGAGAUCAAUGCCCCCUACUCAUCCCGUAUAGGGGUGUUCCUCGACCACGAAGGCGGUACCCUCGCUUUCUACGGAGUGGGGGAAACCAUGUCUCUCAUCCACCGCUUCAAGGCCUCCUUUGCCGAGCCUGUCUUCCCAGGCUUCUGGGUUUGGUACGAGUCAGGCAUUACCCUCAUCCAGUAGGGAUUCAAUACACUUCCUAUGAAAAAUGUACAACAGUGAUUCAGUGUGUAGGUAUAGAUUACAAGAACAAGACCUGUACUACUUUGUGAUGAUGUUAUAAUUAUUUUACAAGAUUGGAUUUUUUUUUUUUACUAUGUGUUGUGUAUCAGGAUUCUUGAUGCUUGUGACUUUUCUGCAAAUCAACAUGUUUGAGGAUGAAAUGUAUAAAGUUAAAUGCAUUUAAAUUAUCGUUUGAAAUAUUGAAUGAUGUACUUGAUUGAAACAUGUCACAAGAUCAUUUAUGAAGAUGUUGUACUUAUUUUGCUCAAUAAACAUUUUAUAUCAAGCAUA